CUCGAAAGAAACCUAAGAAUGACCAGAGCGCCAAUUUUGGAUUUUCUGUUACUGUGGGUAAGCCCUGUCUGCGAAGGAAGAACGCCACUUCUAAUUUUGAAAGCCAUUUGAAAGGGACGAGUUUAAAGGCUGUCGCGACAACGACUGAAAUAACGAGUCAUGUUUCUUCAUUUUGGCUGGAAAGGCAGAUUAUCAUAAAAUAGAAAAUUCUAAUUGGAUGGCAUUUAAAAUGACUCUAUGAAGGAUGGAAAGCGUUUGUUUACUUUCAGGCUAAUCUUAGUCGUUAUACUCACUAAUAAUCAUUAUGCUUCUAAGUUUGUUUCUAGGACCUCAAUUAUGCCCAAUCAACUCUCAUAUCUUGCUGUAGUACAAAAUUCAUCAGUCUACUUUUGGUUCGUACAUCAUGAUCAAAAGUUACCUCUUGAUAACUCAUUAGCAAAUAAUAAUACCAGUGAUUCUAAAGUUUCUGAUUCUCCUGUAUUGACCUACAAGCUUCAAUCAACAUCUACAUUUCCUUUGCACUCAAUUUGUUGGGAUCCUAAGUCAUGUAAAUUAGCUGCAAUCGACAAGUUUGGUUCCAAUGUUUGCUUUCGACGUUUGUCUGUGGGCGAAAAUAGUGAGUGCGAGACAAACACAUCAAAUACAUUAUCUUUCAGUCUACAAUCUCAAGAUUCUGUAGCAACUUGUAUUGCUUUUCCUCAAAGGUCAGGAAAAUAUCUAGCUGUUGGAGUUAAUACUGGCUCAGUAAAUUUAUAUAACUGCCAUAAACAGAUUUCAUUUCGUUGUCAACUCCGUUGUGAUAGUAUUCCCUGUGGAAACUCAUAUUCCAGAGAAAUUCAGCCUACAUGUAUGAGCUGGGCUUUAAACGACCGUAUCGUUGCUUCUGGAUACAGCAACGGAUCUGUCAUCCUCUUCUUAUCUGCAUCUAGUACUGCUACAGGUGAAUGUGAAAAUUUCACUUUACCGUUUCCCUCAAAUUCCGGUUGCAGUGACUCUUCUAUUCCUGCAUGCAGUACUUUGAAAACAUCUACGUUGGACUCUACUUUAUUAUUUUGUGCUUAUGCUGAUGGUUCUAUCAUUUUAUGGAAUAUAGAAUGGCCAGUUAAUGGUGAUGCAUGUCAGCGUAUCUUAAAUCAUUGGGAUCCUAAAGUCCUUGCAUUAACCAAUCCACUUAAUUUGAUAAGCUGCGAGCACCAUGUUGAUUUGGCCUUAUCGUCUCCUAGUGAUGGUUUACUGUUUAGCGUAGGAGCACCAGAUUUGCAUUUACGUAUGUGGAAUCUAUCUACAUCUUAUUCUGGACCGAUGAAAACUUUGUCACCGACUGAUGAACAACAUGGAUAUUUGAGUGUUGAUGUAGCCUCAAAUACAUCAACGCUUGCAACUGGCUUAGUAAACGGAGAAGUUUGGCUUUAUGAUACACGUGAUUUGCGUUCACCUACUCGAUGUAUUUACACUGGUUCAAAUGUUCCUGUUUAUUCAGUUUUGUUCUCACUCACUUUUCAAUCGGGUGAUAAAGUGAAGUUUGAUUCAUCUAAAUCACAUUAUUCUACUAGUCUACAUGAAGGGAACUCAACUACCAAGUUGACAGAUGAUAAAACUUCUGUAUGUAGCGCAUUUGCAGCAGACAACCCAUUGAAUUCAACACGACAACCUUUUAGUGAAUUAACUAACCAAGCUACUGAUCAACCUCAACGAAGAAAAUGGGCGUCACUGCUUCGUGAAUUUCCUAUGCCAGAACUUUCAUUGUCAUCAGAUCCGAGUGUCUCUGAAUCAAUGAGAGAUCAAGGUUCAGAAAAACUAAGCUUUACUGAUACCAAAAAGGAGGCUAUAUAUUUUAAAUCAGAAUUUUGUACAGAUGACAGUCUCAAUGGUACAGCGUCAUCAAACAAGUUUCUCCCAAUAGAAUUAUUGAAUCAUAAUAAUGAUGGUACAACUACAAAGGAGACACCACAUAUCUCUUUGAACAUAACAACUGAACUGUUAGACCAAUACUUUAGUGCUCGACUUGGCUCUGUGAUGUCUGAGAUAAACUGGUUACACAACCAGUUGCUCUUCAGGUAUACAAAACUUGAGGGAAAACUCGAUCAAAUAUCUGAACAAUUCCAUACUGCAGUAUUACAGAUGAAACGCGAAACUGAUUUGCUUAGAUAUGCGUUAAAUAAGCGUUUACCGUUCUAAAUGAGACUAUUUUGUAUUGCUUUGUUUAGACAUACUACCAACUACUCUUUUAUUUUUUACGUAUCUCAUACAUAGACUAUGAAUUCUUGUUUGUACCUUGAACCAACUGUAAUAAUAAACGUGAUCAGAAUGUAAGUGUUUGGUGUUUGUUAACACUAGCAGUAGUCAGUAUGAAUCAUCUGUACGAUUCCAUUCACGAUUAUGUGAAACUUCCCAAGGGACAAAUGAAUUCCCAUUGGACCUCUAUAACAUAUAUCGGACGUCAUAUUCCGUUGGUCAGUGAGUUCGAACAAUUAAUCCAUCUCAUUCUGAUGACACAACUAACAGGUUAGAAUGUAUAGCCUUGUAGGAGAGAAAUUAGUCCACUUACUGAGUUGUAUCCCCAUUUCUGUCAAGUAUCCGAAACAAUUCAGUUUGAUAAACUGAAUACACUGUCGAAAUGUUUGCAUGUAAAGCGAAUAGAAUAAUCAUCUAAGCUACUUACAGAAAGGUCAAUCAAUACUGCGUAACACUCAUGUUUUGCACAAGUACUUCUUAACUACUCACUUUGGUAAUCAGUAGUAGACGAUGAAAACAAAAUCAAAAAUACAUUCAACUCGGAGAAAAGGAUAUGCUCUAAUUAUUCGUUUCAAUUUUUUCACUUCUUCACUAUCAUUACCAUCCUUGGAGCAACCAUAAAUGUAGAAUAAUUUUCCUGUGAAUAAAUUAUACAAAUGUUUAGCUGGUCGAAUAACAUCUGAAGAAAUGGAAAAAGGGAAGAAACAUUUAAUGGUGAUUUAGUCAAAUAGUUCAAUAGAGUUGAGCAUUACUUAAAGAAUACAUAUCUAUAGCUUCAAAACAUUUGUAAUGAACAAUCGCAUGUGCUUGUAUGUGCAGCUCAGUAACUAUGUCGAAAUGUGUGCACAAGGUUAUAUGCAGAAGUUAUCGAGUACAAACUUUCCUGGUGAAACAUCGGCAAGCGGAGUGUGGUUUACACUUAAAAUCCACUUAACUUGAAUUCAAGUGUUAUUGAACCAACGUGUCGAAGCUUUAUGCGAUAUCAGAAUGCAUUGUUUAAAUGAAAGCUAAAUUAUUCCCAUCAUUUCAAAAAUAAAUUAGUUCAUAGUGGUUUAUUCGACUGACUGUAUACAUUGUUCAACUGUAUUAUUGACUUGAUUUCUCGUGUACACCUUAUCAGUGAGUAAGUCCUAUCGAUAUACCUAUCGACUACUUUUAAAGAUUACUUGACAUCUUUAUCAAGAUAAUCUUAUUGAAGAUUUGCAUAUUUUCUAGGUCGAAUACAUUCAUUGCAUGUAUUCUCCUUUGAGCAGAAAUACCCUGCGGAUAGUUAAAUAUGUAGACAAAAAGUUGACCAUAACGACUGAUUCAUUUAACUUUCAUUUUGACCUCCUUUGUUAUUGAAUCGUUUGAGUUAGACAAUGCAGAGCGAAAAGAACUGUUAGGUUUUUGAGUUGCAGUGAUUCUAAACAGGAUUCAAAAGAUCAGUCUUCGUCUCCUAGACUUAGGCUUUUAGUAACAAAGAAUAACUCUCGGCUUAGUGAUGACCUUGAUAAACAUCUGUCAACAAAGUUGUGACAUCAGCUACUCACUGGGAAACGUACAUGAUUCUUUAUUAUUCCAAGCAGAUUGGUGAACAAUGGUGUUGAGAAUGCAAAUCUGCAUCUAUUACAACGCGUCAACCAUAAGUACUUGUAUCUGUGUUGUUGUUGUCCCCCAGUGAGACAUUCCAACCUUAGUACUCAGUGCUACGAAUAGUCGUCUACUGAGUUGAGUUGUGAUUAAACACUUCUACCGUAGUAGUUACUAACUAUAGCUAGUCAUUGUAAUCUCAACAGAGGAAAACUGAUGAUACUAUUGAAUAACCAAUACUAUAUUAUCUAAUCUUAAAUAACGAUUGAAUUCUAUCAACCUCGUUUGCAAAGCGAUCACCAAACUAGGAAACUCACCAUUGCAUUACAAUUGGAUUGAUGUUAGGUGAAUGUAAUCCAGGUGUAACAUGCAUUUUCACUCAUACUAUUGCUCUGGUAAUUAGUGACUUUCCACUGUGGCAGAGCAUAAUUCUAUAUUAGAUUGCUUAUUUGAUAUGGUACACAGUGAUGUAGUAUCGUUUACUGGAUAACAUUUUGAGUAGAAUAUAUCGUUUAUGUUCACAACAAAGUGAUCACAGAACUUUCAAACUUCACCUUUAUAUAUAGUUCAACAGUUCAUUCAUUUCAAUUUCGAGGUUUGUGGAGAUUUAUUAGUUGAUUUCAGGUUGAUAUUCACCUUGAACUGAUAUCACUCGGAGAACCAUUGGAAACCUAGGAGCAUUAGAUCAUUAUUUCGUCCUAGUAUGGAACUCAUCAGCAGCUCGCACUUAUGACCCCUCUAGGGGUCGAACUCAGGAGAUUCAUGUUCUGAGAGAAGUAUGUUACCAUUGAGUAGGUAUUCAAUAGUACACAUUUCCCUACUUCUGCCAGUCCACCGUCCUCAUGUCUGACUUGGUUAGCCCCACCGGUCACCACUUUUCAUAGAAACCUCGGGAAUCACCUCUUGAAGUUAGUCGCCAAUAAAGCAUCAGAUGAAUUCAACUUGGAGAUUUGUUUAUUUAUAUAUUUUAAUGAUAGUAAAAUUUUCCAGAUAUCUGCAACAUACGACGAGUUAUUCCUGUCACAUGUAUUACGCGCUGGUUGUUUCAAUGAACAAGGAUUCUGUGAUCCAUCUCUCUCUACAAAUAGUUAGAUUUCAGAACCGUCACUUUAUGCCACUUACUGUAUAGUGUGAUUAUGGGUUAGUGCAUGUAAAGUGAUAGGCGACUUUCCACCCUAGUUACUUAUCUUACUAGGGUCUAUCAAUAUAUAUUUCGUUAAUAUUUUGUGCUAUGAUCUGCUAUUCUAACUUACCCUGAUCGACUGUUCUGACCUAUACACUUGACCUCACAUUUAUCAUUACAUAACAUUUCACAUACCAGGUUAAUUAUCUCUACUGGAUCUUUUAGUCUGCAGUGUUUCUCUUUGAGCGAGGUUGUGGUUUUAGACGUUACCCUAAUCCCAGACAGCAAUGUUAAGAAAUCCAAGCAAAAAUUUCUAAUGUACCUUCUUUUCACUCCCUCAAUAUUCCGAAAAUACUUCUAAUAGAUUUAAUUUUUUCUUUAUUCAUAUUGAUUGGAGUUUCACUAUUACCGUAUUUAUUUUUACGACAGUUUUAUCUCAUCUGUCUAUCGUUCUACCGACAUAAUAUUCUCACACGAUUACGCAACCACUUCCACUUACUUCUAAUCUUAUCGAAUUUUAUUCGUGAACAUACCUCAACUUGCUUUGUACAACCUUUAUGUAAUCUGACUAAAUUUAUUACCGGAGAUUGCUUUGUGUUCUCAAUUAUUAUGCUUUCCUGAUCUUAAAAACAUUAACCGGUAUCUUAAAACACUCCACAUAAGGUAUGCUAAUGUUUGUUAUAUCGAUUAUUUACUUAUUUAUUCAGGUUGUAUGAAACUGAAGAAAAUCCCAUGAAAUGAAAUGACGCCAUAUUAUCCU